UCACCACGAGGUGACGGACAACUGUUAGUCACUGACAUCGGUUACAAGUGUCCACAUAUCUGUGAAGUUUAAAUUAAUAACAUUGGUCGAAAAUAUACUAAAACGGAUACCAAUCAACCGAUCAAUUCUAAAGUAAUUUAUAAAUAUUUCAUCGUCCCAAUCAAAGGUUAAAAGUUCGUAUUUUCACGUCAAAAAAUGUGUGUUCAAUAUUUUUUAAUUCAGCAAAGUGUCGAGAUAAUAAAGUGUGCAUAAUUUAUAUUUUGGUAAAUAAUUGCGUGUGAGCAGAGUUCAAGCGUACCGUUAGCUGUUAAAUUAAUUUGCUGAUCUAUGUUUGUGAUAUUUUUGAGUUUAAAGUGUGACAAUAUUUAUUUUGGGACUCGUGAAUGUAAUGUUUAUCAAAAAAAUAUCUAUUUAAGUAAGUACAUACAUGAAUGGUAAUUAGCAAUAACGGAACUACGUGCUUAUAUAAAUAAUAAAAAGACUUAAUAAAAGCUACAUAAUAUUAUCUAUAUGUGUGUUAAAGAAAGUGGAAAGUAUUUGAUUGUAAUAAAUUGAUUUUCUUCAACGAACGUAAGGAAACAUUAAUCAUGAGAGCGGUCGUCCUCAUCACGCUGGCAGUCUCCGCCUGUGUUCAAAGCGAAGCUCCUCAUGGCUACAUAGUGAACAAGGUUGCGGGUAAAGCAUACAAAGUGAUGUACCAAGCACAGACAUGGACACGAGCGAAGGUGGAAUGUGAAGCAAACGGCGCUACACUGGCUGUGCCCAAGUCACAGGACGAGUUUAAGUUCCUGCAGAAGCUGGUGCGUGGCAUGUACUACCCGAACAUCGUGGGCUCUUGGUACAAGCUGCUGGUGUGGCUCGGCAUCAGCAACCUCGAUGACUUCACCGUCUGGAAAAAUGUAGAUGGUGAAAACAUCAAUACAACAGGAUUCAGCAAGUGGGCCAGUAAUUACGUCGCAUUCAGCAACGACCCAAUGGAGCCUCACUGCGCCGGGAUGGACGCCGUCAACCAUGGCCUGAGGGACUACUGGUGCCACCUCCGGCAACCUUACAUCUGCCAGAUCCAGGUGGACUCCGUCGGACUCCCGAACUACAACAACUUGAACGAGGAAACAGAACAUCUUGGCGGUUGAACCAUUUAUGUUACCUAUUUAUUUAAUAGACGAUUUCUUACCUUUCUACUCCAUGGGUUUUAUUUCCUUUGCAUGACAAUUACUUAUUUUGUUUGUUUAUGUGGGAGGUUUUCAACAAAACAAUGAAAUCAUCCAUAGGUAACCGAGUUUCAUGUUAUUUAGAACAAGUAAAGUUUUUAUUAGAUGUAAUGUAAUUUAUUACAAUGUAAGUGCUUAGAUAUAAG